AUGACAAAGACUCGUAAGAGUAGAGUAGUGCACAACUGGAAUUGUGAUCAACCGCCAUCAAGUUCUAUGGCUGGAAGGGCCAGGACACCCUCUAGCUUCUUCAAGAUCAUACUCCCCUCCACUAUUCAAGACAUGAAACUGAGGAUCCCUGAAAAAUUUGUGAAAGAAUAUGGGGAUGAGCUAUCCACUUUUGCUACACUCACUGUUCCCAAUGGUGAUAUUUGGCAAGUGGGGUUGGAGAAAUCUGACAUGAACAUUUUGUUUUGUGAUGGUUGGAGGGAUCUUGUUGAAUACUAUUCUAUUUGUUAUUGGUACCUUUUAGUCUUCAGAUAUGAAGGAUAUUCUAAUUUCUAUGUUCAUAUAUUUGAUAAGACUGCCACUGAGAUUCAAUAUCCACCAAGCAAGAAUAGUAAAUUGGAAGAUCAGGUUGACAUAAUUGAUUUAGAUGAUACAAACACAUCAGGCCAUGACAUGUUGAAUGAAAAUGAAAUGUCUAACUCAGUUGAGUUGCCCACAAAACAUAAAGAAGUGAGAGAAAAGCUUCUAGGGAGAAAAAUUUCUGGCAUGUCUUCAAAAGGGAAACUCAUGAUGUCCAGAGGAAAAGAGAGAGCAAUCCAAGCAGCAAGAAUGUUAAAGCCUAAAAAUGCUUCUUUCGUGGGCAUCAUGCCACCUUCUUAUUAUAUGUAUCUGCCUGGUGAAUUUUCUAUGAAUAUUGGUCAGAAUCAAAUUGUCACACUUCAGACUCCAAAUGGAAAACAAUGGUGUGUCUGGUGCUAUUAUUACAAUCCUCCAUCUUUAACAAUGAGAAUGGGGAAGGGAUGGGCUGCAUUUUUCAGGGACAAUAAUUUAGAAGAAGGGGAUGUCUGUGUCUUUGAGGUGAUAAAGGGGAAGCCUGUUGUGCUUAGUGUCACAAUAUUUCAUGUUGUGGACCAUCAAAGUUCAGACUAG